AUGAUGCCAAGUCAGCGUGACUACACUCCCCAAAUGGGGCUGGCCUCGCAACACGAAGCUGUUGAAGGCACGGCAUCAAUCAGCGAGCAGUUACGAUUACGUGUGGUGGUGUUUUUCAUUACAACAUGGCCGGGAGACAACGUUUUGACGACUUCACACACGGAAGAAUCAUCGGAAAAAAAGUUAAGUGUAGCCCAUAAGUUUGAUAUUGCUCACAGCAUUGUUUUGCUAGAUGGAAAACGUUUCAAACAACAGCGACUGCUGCCCGAAGGAGGCAAGGAUGGGUCUGUUGAAGCGUUCCAUCCGGUUGCGCACUGUCAUCAAUAA